CAAUAAAUACAGAGGCCAACGCGGCAGCCAGCGACCCUCGCCCCUGUCCUUGCACACGCUCUUUUGAAAUCUUCUUGCGUCAUUUGUUUCAGAACCCAAAAUCCCAGAGACAAAAUAGAUAUAAAGCCAAAUACCCAAAGUUUUCUAUCUCUUUCGUUUUCUCUGCUUUGUUUUGUUAAUGAAGGUUAAAUCAAGAUUCUUAAUCUGCUUGCUUCUUAUUACAUUACAUAGUUUAUGAUAAUAAUACUUAUAAGUAAGAGCAAUAAAGUUAUAUAUGGGUCACCACACGCAGCAUCACCAUCACAACACGAGCGAUGGCGUUUCACAGCGAGUUAACAGCCCGCGCUUCUCGGGUCCAAUGACUCGCCGAGCGAGCUCAUUCAAGCGUGGCAAUGGCAACUCCCAGACCACCAACAGCAACAACGCCGUUGGUUCCGGUAACGGCAAUAAUAACGGAAGCAACGGCAAUAACUUGAGCGUGCAUCACGAGAUUGAUGUACCAAUAAACUCACCCAGAUCGGAGACUGGGGCUGCGGGUUCGGUUUCAAUCGAUGGGUUGAGCCAAAGAAGAGGUUUUUUAAGGAAGCCAAGUGUUGGAUCGAUGGUUUUGGAUUUUGGUUUGAAAGAGAGGAAGAAGCUCGGGCAUUGGAUGUUCUUGGUCUUUUGCGGGGUUUGUUUGUUUUUGGGUGUUUUUAAGAUUUGUGCUACUGGUUGGUUUGGAUCUGCUAUUGAAACCGUUACAUCAAAUCAGGGUUUAUCUGAUCUCUCCAUCAAUCAUCCAAAGCUGAUAGAUCAAGGCUCUAACGAUUAUGGGUACAGGGAGGAAGGAAGUGAUUCAGAUCGAACUUUAAUGACAGUGCCCUCAGAUGUAACAGAAGAUUCAGGUAUUUGGUCUCAACCAAAUAGUGAGAAUUUCACCAAGUGCAUUGACCAUUCAAAGAAUCAGAAAAAGCUAGAUGCAAAGACAAAUGGCUACAUUCUCGUUAAUGCAAAUGGUGGUUUGAAUCAGAUGAGAUUUGGGAUCUGCGAUAUGGUUGCUGUUGCUAAAGUUAUGAAGGCAACACUUGUCCUUCCCUCACUUGAUCACACCUCAUAUUGGGCUGAUGAAAGUGGCUUUAAAGAUCUAUUUGACUGGCAACACUUCAUGGAGACCCUGAAGGAUGAUGUCCACAUGGUUGAGACAAUACCACCUGCCUAUGCUGGAACUGAACCUUUUAACAAAACACCAAUAUCGUGGUCUAAGGUUAGCUAUUAUAAGACAGAGGUCCUCCCACUAUUGAAAGAGCAUAAAGUAAUCUAUUUUACUCACACAGAUUCUCGGCUUGCCAAUAAUGAUAUCCCAAGUUCCAUACAAAAGCUCAGGUGCCGGGUAAAUUAUAGGGCACUAAAAUAUUCUGCUCCAAUUGAAGAACUUGGAAACACUUUGAUUUCUAGAAUGCGCCAGAAUGGAAGCCCUUAUCUCGCUCUCCAUUUGAGAUAUGAGAAGGAUAUGCUUGCAUUUACUGGCUGCAGUCAUAGCUUGACAGCGGAAGAAGAUGAUGAGCUACGUAGGAUGCGUUAUGAAGUCAGCCAUUGGAAGGAGAAAGAGAUUAAUGGAACAGAGAGAAGAUUACUUGGUGGCUGUCCACUAACACCUAGGGAGACCUCCCUCUUGCUCCGAGCAUUGGAUUUCCCACCAAGCACGCGGAUUUACUUGGUAGCUGGUGAAGCUUAUGGGAAUGGCAGUAUGGACUAUCUUAAGGAGGACUUUCCUAACAUCUUCUCUCAUUCCUCCCUCUCUACAGAGGAGGAGUUGAAUCCUUUCAAGAUUCACCAGAACAUGUUGGCUGGUUUAGACUAUGUUGUUGCCCUUCAGAGUAAUGUAUUUGUUUAUACUUAUGAUGGAAAUAUGGCAAAGGCAGUUCAAGGACAUAGGCGAUUUGAGAACUUCAAGAAGACUAUCAGCCCAGACAGGAUGAAUUUUGUAAAACUUGUGGAUGAAUAUGAUGAGGGAAAUAUUUCUUGGAAGCAAUUCAGUUCCGAAGUGAAGGAGCUUCAUAAAGAUCGAGUCGGAGCUGCAUAUCUUAGAGAGCCAGGAGAAUUUCCAAAACUGGAGGAGAGUUUUUAUGCAAAUCCUCUUCCAGGAUGCAUCUGUGAAGGAACAGAGGGCAUGUAGAAAGCUAAAACUUGGCUUCUGUAAAUUUUUCUUCAUGCUACGAAGUAAAAAUUCACCUGAAAAGGAGGGCAUGCUGGCAUUGUUUCAGAGACAUACCAUUCCAGAAGGAGGGAAUUGAAUGCCUUCCAAAAUCAGGAUUGACUCGACUCAUUGGUUGAAAAAUGCCUGCUCAAGGGGGCAAUCCGUUGGUAGAAUAUAAACCGAACACAUUAAGUUAUCAUCAACGGAAGUAGUAGCAGGCCGCAGCAGAUUGGUCAGGUAUACUGUUCUCAAGAUACAGGUUAAAGAUAAACAUUCAUUUUGUGGGCUUGGAUAUCCUAUCCUGUCCGCCGAACUAUGGUUCGGAAAGAAAUGUUCUUCAUUAUUUAUCUUUUUUUUCCCUUCUUUUUUGAUAAGAAGAAUUUCCUUUAUUUUUCUAAAGAAUUGGUUUAGGUUGUUGCUGUAAAGAAAGUUGGGGGAGGGGAUGAAUGAGGUGGCUAUGUUCCCAUGCCAAAGUUUGAGUUUGAAUACCUGAUCAAAAUACGAUAGGAUGAUACUCAUUGAAUUGUAUUACAUCUGGAUUUUAAUAAUACGAAAAUAUGAUUUCUAUUUGUUGGUAAUACAAA